CUGUGUUUCAUCUGUUGUUAUUGACCUUAACUGACGACGAUCUCCUGCCGUUGCCAUCCUUCUGGCCUCAUCACAUCUCUUAGCUCAAUCGAACUUAAAGAAAGUCAGGACCUCUUCGGAAGCAAACUUGAUCGUCUCUAUGAACCUACCAAAUCGGACAGUUUGAUUCUGAGAAUGAAUAUGGACGACAAGCUAGCCGCCGGCUUCGAUUAUCCCUCUGGGCCUCCGAAGACUCGGGAGACUGCGGACCUGGUCAACUUCCCAACCCCGCCAGGCUCUCCGCCUCAAGAAAAAUCACAUGCAAAUAGUACUUCUGCACUUCUCACUCCUCCACCAAGCCCUGUACAGAAGGCGUCGAAUUUGAUUGUAAACGCCGAAAGGACCGAUAAAGAGAAACCCUGGAUCGAUGCGGCCGCCUUGAAGACCCGUCUGGGUCUUGGUAAUUGGAAAUGUGGCUCUAAAACAAAAACAACAGGCGCUCCUUGUAAAAAUCCUGCACGAGGAGAGCAUAAAGAGAUUGAUCUAAAGAUUGUGGCUCUGACAACUUUUACGAAGUCGUCGCCGGAACUCGAGGACAAGUUGAGAAAACUGGUUGGGCUCGUACACUGUAAAUGGCACGUGGACCCGAAAUGGAAAGAAGAUCGUGUUGAACGUUGGACGUCUGUAUUUCCUCCUGGAGCCGACGGUACUAAGCCAUACAUGGAUAUUGGAAAGCAGAUAAGGAAAGCUUUAGGUCCCAUUACUCCCUGCUGCAUAGUGGAAAAAGGACUAGGGAAAAUCUGCGAAUUAGAAAUAGGGGGACAGAAGGUGCAGAACUGCCAAAGGACGGUUCAAAUGAUUGUCGAACAAGAAAUCUACAACAGAAAGGAUGUGUAUCUGGACUAUCUCCUCAGAGUCCUUGAGGUAAAUCAAUUCUGCGUCGCGCACAAGAAGUACCCUCUUAAGAACUGGGAAUCACGGAAGGCGAGCAUUGUCGAGAUUCUCAAAAAUUCUGGUGCAGAGCUCGUGGAGCCAAUUGACGAUAAUACACCAGAGACCGCUGACCAUCCGGGUGGUUCGUCCCCAUGCCAAGGGACUGAAGCUACUUUAACCAGCCAAGACAAAGACAACUCAAAGAAACACAUCGUUCCCACAUCGACGCGCUCGCGAUUCGUACCUCCAGACCUCGAGAAGGAUCCAGCGGACUUUUGGCCCGCAGAAUACGAUAUCACUCCCUUUGAUAUUAUUGAAAGGAGUAGUCAACUGUCAAAUUAUAAGUCUUCGUAUGAAGAAGUUCGGAAGCAAAUGAGGGAAGAAUUGGACUCCAUAGACAGGGAAGAUGGAUACGUGUAUCUGUACGAGGUGGAAGGGAACAACGAGUUCGUUAAAAUUGGAUAUACUGGCCGCACUCCCGACGUGCGUCAUGAAGAGUGGGAAUUUACAUGCAACCGUGUUCCUAAAGCUCUGUAUCCUGUUCCAUUCGAUCCUAAAAUGAAAGUUCCAAAUGCUCGUCGCGUUGAGGCUUUGUGUCAUGCCGAGCUCCGUCAUCGCCAAAUCAGACACUACUGCAAGCUCUGCGACAAGCAGCACCUCGAAUGGUUUGAAAUAUCUCCGGCGGAGGCAAUUGCAAUCAUUCGGAAAUGGUCCGAAUGGAUGAGAACCCAACCAUAUCGGUUGCUAAGCCUGAGGAACAAGGAUAUGUGGAUUCUCAAGCACGAGGAACGAGCAAGAUCUUACAACAUGGAUAAAUUCAUGAAGGAAACAUCGGAGCUGAUUGGAAAACAAGAGCGUGCGGUAUCAACCUCGAAGAAAUAGGAUGCAACCUUCAAAUCUCUCUGCCGGAGUUCUUCCUCUGCGAAAUCGGCCGCCUUUAGCGCAACAUAGAUGGCUACGUCCCCGGAUGUCAUUGCGGAGGAUAAUAACAGCAACGAACCAAUCAUCAAAUUGUGAAGCGACCGUCCGCUAUGGUCUUUUACCUUCAUCCUGCUUGGUUCGCGUCUUGGCAAUAAUUUUGAAGCGUACAUUGUUCCGUUUUUGUUUCCGAGUCGAUU